UUUGAAAAAAUAUUACAUUAACGGGUCGGUUAGGUCACGUUCAGCGUCAGUCAGAUCCAUUCUCCCAUGGCGAAAUUUCCCCUUUCUUCUUCGUCGGGUCCGGUUUUCUCCUCCCCGUUCUUCUUCGCGGCUGCUGUGCUUGUUCUGUUGUCGGCUUCCGCCUUUGUUGCUUCGCAGCCGCCGCUCGGCUCGCCGGAGCAGGAAGCCGUUUACCGGGUUCUGGAGUCUGUCAGUCCUGGCGUCCGCUGGCGGUCUCUCUUCCCGGACGAUCUCUGCUCCGCUGCGCCUCACGGCGUCGUCUGCGACGUCUUUGAUGAAGGGGAUGGGAACGCCUCCUCCUCCUCCGGCGGCGGCGGCGGCGGAACUUCUCACAUCACGGAGCUCAACUUCGGGUACGUUUCGGAUUACUCGCCCAACCCGCCCUGCGGACCCAAAUCUACCCUCAAUCCUUCCCUUCUUGCCCGAUUCACUCGCCUGCGGAAACUCUUCUUCUACCAGUGCUUCACUGAAACCAACGUUUCUUUCCCGGAUCUUUCCCCCCUCGGUCCGACUCUCGAGGAGGUAGUUUUCGUCGACAACCCGGCCCUCUACGGCUCCCUGAGGGGCAAUAUUGGCAACCUGACGGCACUGAGAAGGUUCGUUCUCACCGGAAGUAACGUCUCCGGAGAUAUUCCGGCGGAGUUUCGGGAUUUCUCCGGCAUAGAGCAGGUGACCCUCUCCAGGAACAAACUCGGGGGUAACAUCCCAGCGGACUUUCCGGCGUUGAAGAAGCUGAGGGUUCUCGAUCUGAGCCAGAACGAGUUCUCCAGCGCCGUCCCCCUUUCCAUUGGAAACCUGACUCAGCUCCUGAAGCUCGACCUCAGUUUCAACAGACUUUCCGGGGAAAUCCCGGGGACACUGAGUUCCUUAAAGGAGCUGGAGUUUCUUGAUCUGAGCUACAAUGGGUUUGCCGGCUCCGGAUUCCCGUCGUUCGUGUCGGAGAUGCCCGGACUGAAGGAGGUGUACCUGAGCGGGAACAUGCUGGGAGGGGAAAUCCCACCUGAGAUAUGGGAGCACAUGGGGGGCAUUUUGGGAAUAGCGCUAUCAGGAACAGGGCUGGUUGGGAAAAUUCCAGUUUCUAUGGGGGUGCAUUUGAGAAAUGUGAACUAUUUGGGGCUGGACAAUAACCGCCUGGAAGGGACAGUGCCCGAGGAGUUUGGGGCAUUGGAACUUGUGAAUGAGUUGAAUUUGGAGAACAAUAAUCUGAGUGGGAAGGUCCCUUUCUCCCCUGAGUUUGCCACCAAGGUUGGCGAGAAGCUGAAAUUACAUGGCAACCCUCACCUCUGUGUGGAUGAAGGGCUGAGGUCUGCUCAUCUUGGUGGGGGCAGUUUGGGAACUCUCAAACUGUGCAGCAAACCAGCAUUCAUUCCCCAACCUGUCCCUCUCCCAAAUGCUUCACCAGCCAUACAUGCUUCCACUGUUGUGAAGAUUCUUGGGGCUUUCUGUCUCUUCUUUUAGGGGCAAUCUUGACAUUUUGCCAGGAGGGGCUUACAAGAACAUCUUGUUAGUCACUUGUUGAUAGGAAAUUUUUGGAAAUGUUUCUUUUCUUUUUUUCUGUCUCUAUAGUUGUUUAUCAAUGCUAUGUUCUAAAACUGAAUAUAAUCAAUCCAUGAGUCCUUAGUACUGGGAGAACUUUAUUUCUGGCUACUUCACUGAUUAUAAUGAUUUUUUGUGAAUAUAUUCUAUCAUUAGUUAUAAUGGUUAAUUAAAUAUAAAUGAAUACAUAAUUAGAGUGUACAAGAGGAGGUUAAAAUGGGAAUAAUAAUAAUAAUUCUAGAAAGAAAACUAGGAUCAUAUA